UUUGACAUUUGACGACGACGCGAACGUGUGGCGUGCAAUAAUUUUUCAGUUUUUGUGUUUGGUUUUAAAAAUGAUUAAAAUUUAUUCAUCUAACAUCGCUGCGAAAACUAUGGGCUCAUCAACUCUUUCUCUCAAGUCCAGUGAAUCCCAGAGGGUGUCUUGAGUGCUUUAAGGCCUCUCUCCUUAGGUUAACUAUUAUAUUAAUUUCUUCUUUGUUUUUUUUUUCAAAUGAUAUCAAUGUCAAUGUUGUAUAACCAACUGAGACAAUCUUAUCUUUUCUGCUCAAGAUAAUUAAAAUCAUUCAAUUCCCCGCUCCGUGUUGAAGCAGUUCUUUAGGUGCUUUGAUUAGGAUUGUUUGUGUUAAAGUUUAAGUUUUAAUAAAACAUCAUUGACAAGAUGGCAUCUGACCCUGAGAUUAAGGAUGGAUUCAAUCUGCCAGUAUGGAUGAAAAAUAAGCCAGCAAAAGACUUCGAGGCGUUUGCUGGAUCACCACCAGCUCCUGAAGACUCGUUCUUCUACAUUCGUUACCCCAAAACAGACGUGCUGUUAGGGAAGUCUAAGCUUGAGCAAGACCUGCCGAAGCUGCUGACUGAGAUCCCCAAGGAGGUCACAGCCGCCACAGCUAUCGCCAGCAGUGCCAAGGACAAGGAUUGGUCCAAGCAUACUAAGCCGUGCCAAGACGUCCUGCAUAGCAUUGCGCCCAUCAACACAAGUGUGAACUCGGUGUCUUCCAAGCCUAAGCCAGCCGGCGUGGACGACGGGUUCAAAGGAGAGGGCGCGGCGUGCGGCAACUCCGUCGUCAAGGUCGCUCAUCAGAUGGUGUCUGGUCGGUCGGGGCGCGGGUUCACGGUCGCUUCGCCAGAAGACGACCCGGCGGAGCACUACAACUUUAACGUGCGUCGCGGCAGCAAGAGCUUGCCAGUCACUCCCGCGCACUCGCCCAACGCCAGCCCUACUAGUCGCCGCAAGAUGACCGGCAACCGCUACUUCACGUCUCCGUUCGAGCCGGUAGAAGACGCUUCAAGCCGCUCAUGGCUGACCAUGGCGCUGCUCGGCUUCAAGAAAGACCUCACCACCUCCACUUCCACUCUGGCUGAGGAGGACGCCGUGGAAACCAGGCUACAAGUCGGCACGCUGGCGGAGUCAGUCGAGAGUCUUGGGCCGGCGCCAAGGGACAAGGCGCGGCAGGCCGACCAGGCCCCCCGCCCGCCCGCGCCCUCGCGGCCCGCCCAGGCCUUCCGCCCCAAGCCCUCCGAACUAAGGGAGAUGAACUUCUGGUCGCCGACCUCCAUGUGAGCCCAGCUCACCCGCGCUCAAUAGAUUGUUAGCGCACCACUAGUACUUCUCUAAUGUCCCCAACUGACCGCCGAGCGCGGUCGGCCGGCACUAACUAGAGCUAGACACUGGAGUGUCGUGUCGUGUUCCAACGAUAUCGCAUCCGUACGAUUCAGAAGCCGCACCUCGACGAUGCGUUCUGGUAACGUGGUGAAAUUAGGAUUAAAUAGGAUUAAAUUGACAGAUUUGUUUAGAAGUAACACCUCUGAGAUUAUGACGCGACACGACACGCGAGAUUGAUGUGUCCCCCGAUUUGUUGUUGAUCUGGAGGCGAGUGCCUCGACUCGAUGGUUGUCACCCGACUAAAGACCCCGUCUGAUUCGCCUACAUAACGGAUGAUUAAAAUCUGUCUGGUGUGAUCUUACGGAGACGAUGUGAUCUUUCUUUUAUAUUCCAUUAAUUAUAAGGUUUAAUGUUGUCUUGUCGAUUUGUUAAGAUAUUUAAUUUCACAUUGAUUUGUCAUUUGAUACAUUUUAUGUUCAUAAUACAAUAGAUGCAAAUAGUUUUUGUAGUGUAAGUAUUCAAAACAUUUAAUUAUGACCUGUGUACCUAAAACUGUCUAACACAAUAAUAUUUAAAUAUUUACCUAAGUAUUUGUGACGUCAAUGGAAAAAUCAGUAUGAAAGUUAUUUUUGUAUUACAUUGUGCAAGGAUGAAUUGAUAUGAUAAGAUUGUAUGACUGGAAACUUGAUUAAGUUUUGAGUAUUGUAGGUAAAAUUAAAACGAUGUAUAAUUUCAUUCAUGAGCUAAAGUGA